UACGGACCGUGUGUGACGUGUGCUCGUGUCUGUGAUGUGAUUGGUUCUCCGUCGUCAGUUUAAAAGUAGCCCGCGAAGAGAAGCUAACAAGGAAGAAAAUAAGAAGCUGGCAACGGUUUCGCGCUGAUUUCUGCCUCUUAAACUGAAAUAAUGUUCUUUUGAAAACGGAUUGUUGGUGAAAAAUAAAAAGCAUCCUCCGUCUGUGGAGCCCUGAGGUGGUCAGGAAGGGCAUUCCACAGACGGGGAGCGGCAGCUUCGAAAGCUCUGUCCCCCAUGGUCUUGAGCCGUGUCCUGGGUGCGAGCAGGCGGUGCUGUUGGCCUGACCGGGUCCUGGCUGACGUGUGUGGUGUGAGGAGAUGAUGGAGUCUUGUUUUGCUGGGAAGCUGGAGAGAGUUGGACCGGUGGAGGUGAAUGACAUCAGGAGAGACCUGCUGAGUGAAUUCACAGCUCUACCUGCACAGCAGGAGGGCGCUACAGUGCAGUCAGAAAACCUGCAGGUUUAUCUGAGGGUUCGACCGUUCACUGUGUCUGAGCGCAACAGCGGAGAAUCACAGGAGUGUGUGACCAUCGAAGGACCAGACACUGUGGUCCUGAAAGCUCAGAGGAGCUGUCAAUCAAACCGACAGAGUGAUAAGUCACAGACGGCUCAGAGGUUCAGUUUCACUCAGGUGUUUGGUCCAGAGUCCAGUCAGAGGACUGUGUUCGAGGGUUCUGUCCGUGGUCUGGUCCGGGACGUUCUGGAGGGAGGGAACUGUCUGGUGUUUACCUACGGAGUCACCAACGCCGGGAAAACCUUCACGUUCCUCGGUCCGGCUCACGACUCAGGUCUGCUGCCUCGCUCUCUGUCCGUCAUCUUCAACAGCAUCGAGGGCCGGAUGUACAGCCGCGGCGACCUGAAGCCUCAGCGCUGCAGAGACUUCAGCAGACUGACUCCUGACCAGCAGGUGGCAGAGUGCAACAGCAAGAAGAACCUGCUGAGGCAGUUCAAAGAGAGCGACAAAAACCUCACGUCAGGACGAUCCACGUUUCUUGAAGGCUCCUCCCUCAGCACUGACAGCAGUCUGAACAGCGUCUCUGACAACGACAGCUUCUGUCUGGACGUGGGAUCAAACGUGCGUUUCUCCGUGUGGGUUAGUUUCUGUGAGAUUUACAACGACAACAUCCACGACCUGCUGGAACAGGUUGGGGGACACCACAAGAGGGCGGUGCUGCGUCUGUCUCAGGAUGUCAAAGGAAACUCUUUCAUCAAAGACCUGCGCUGGGUUCAGGUGGACAGUGCUGAGGAGGCGUACAGAGUGAUGAAGAUCGGCAAGAAGAACCAGAGUUUCUCGUCCACCAGACUGAACCAUUUGUCGAGCAGGAGCCACAGCAUCUUCUCCAUCAGGAUCCUCAGAGUGGACGAUGUUGGAGUUCCCAGAAUCCUCGGCAUCAGCGAGUUGUCUCUGUGUGACCUCGCCGGCUCUGAACGAUGUUCUCGGACUCACAACACAGGAGAGAGACUGAAGGAGGCGGGAAACAUCAACACGUCUCUGAUGACGCUUGGGAAGUGUAUCAAGGUCAUGAGACUCAACCAGCACGCCAAGUUCCAGAAACAUGUCCCGUUCAGAGAGUCUAAACUGACUCACCUCCUGCAGUUCUUCUUCUGUGGUGCUGGACGCGUCUCCAUGGUCGUCAACAUCAACCAGAGCACGACGUCCUUCGACGAGACUCUCAACGUGCUCAAGUUCUCUGCCCUCGCUCAAAAGGUGGUGGUGUUGACCUCUAGGCCCGUUGUCCCAGAGGACGAGGCCCCCCACAGGUCGGCCAUGGAGCUGUCGCUCAUCAUUGACGAGGCCGACCGGCGCCGCAACGUGUCGGGGCGUGGGAGGAAGAGCUCGAUGGUUGCCUGGGAGACGACGCUGGAGGACGUGCUGGAGGAUGAGGAUGAUGAAGAGGAGGAGGAGGAGAGUAUGAUGGAGGGAACAGUGCUGGAGGCAGGAGGCGAGGAAGACGAGGAGGAACAGAAGUCCAGCCAGCAGGCGGCGCUACGUUUGGUUCAGGAGGCUCAGAUCAGAGAAGAGGUCAGCGCUGAGUUCAUGGAGCUUUUUAACAAGAUGGAGAAAGACUACAGUGAUCGUCUGGAGAAGGAGAGAGAGAUCCUGGAGGAGCGAGCAGAGAAACGAGUGGAGAUCCUGAAGAACCUGGUGAAUAAGACGGUGGAUCUGUCUGCUGCUGACGACAGCACCAAGGAAGUGGCUCUGUUGGAGGGGAUCAUCAGUUCAAUGACUGGCGACCUGGAGAAGAUCAGAGAGGACGCUCAGAGUGUCCACAGCUGUCUCACCGGACACUCUACAGUGGCUCUGGAGGAGGAGAUCUGGAGGCUGCAGGAGGUGAAGAAGAACAACGAGGAGACCAUCGCACAGCUGAGAGAGUGGGAGGCAGGGCAGAGGAGGCGAGAGGAGGAGCUGAGGAGGCGGGAGGAGCAGCUGGAGGAGGUGAAGAAGAACAACGAGGAGACCAUCGCACAGUUGAGAGAGCGUGAGGCGGGGCAGAGGAGGCGAGAGGAGGAGCUAAGGAGGCGGGAGGAGCAGCUGGAGGAGGUGAAGAAGAACUACGAGGAGACCAUCGCACAGCUGAGAGAGUGGGAGUCGGGGCAGAGGAGGCGAGAGGAGGAGCUAAGGAGGCGGGAGGAGCAGCUGGAGGAGGUGAAGAAGAACAACGAGGAGACCAUCGCACAGCUGAGAGAGUGGGAGGCGGGGCAGAGGAGACGAGAGGAGGUGCUGAGGAGGCGGGAGGAGGUGAAGAAGGAGCAGAAGGUCUCAGACCUGGAGGCGUGUCCAAACUGUGUCUCAGUGUUGUCGUCUCUGGAGUUGGAGCAGAGGGAAACUUCUCGACUGUCCAAGGAGAACAAAGCUCUGGUCAACGGGAUGUUCACACUGCAGACGCAGGUGACCAGUGUGCAGACGCAGCUCACAGAGAGGACUCACAGGUGUGACAGCCUAUCAGAGCAACUUGCCCCCGCAGAGUCCCGCCUCCAGCAGCUGCAGAGCCAAUCAGAGGAGAGGAACAAGACCAUCAUCAGUCUGCGGGAGGAGAGGGACAAACUGAGACAUGAAGUCCAGGAGGGGCGGGGCAUCAGCACGUUCCACGCAGUCAUAGAGGAGCUGAAGAAGGAGAGCGAGGCGGCGCUAGAGCGAUCAGCUGAUAAAUCUCAGCAGCUCCAGCAUCUGCAGGAGGCGCUCAUACACAGUGAGAGCCGGUGUGCAGAGCUCACAGAGGAGUUGGCCAAUCAGAGAGCAGAAUUCUCCCGCCUAAGGGCAGCGCUAGAGUCGGAGGGCGGAGCUCUGCGAGGACAACUUGAGGGGAUGGAGAGAUCACAGGAGGAGAAGAGGACAGAUGAGAGACGAGAGCUGCAGCAGAAAGAGAAGCAGGCGUUGCCGGUGGUUGAGGAGCUGAAGGAGGAGAUGCACAGACUCCAGGAGAGGAGGAGGAGACGAGAGGAGGAGGAGGAAAAUGAAGGAGGGAGGAGCCGAGAGUAUGAGGCAGUGAAGAGAGAGCUAGAGAGACUCCAGAGAGAGAACACUACACGGGACGUCCCUGUCUCUCCUCUGAGGACCAACAUGGAGGACACGAAGAAAAGCAACAGAACCACGGGGAGGAAGAGGAAGAGCUGCGAGGUGAAGGGUCUGGUUUUCAGUGAGAACAAGAGAAACAGAGGAAAAGCAAAGACUGGCACCAAGACACAGUCGUCCCCGGCGGUGAAGGACAAGAGGGACGGUGCUCUUCAGAAGAUCGGGGACAUGCUCCAGAGCUCACCGUCCAUCCUGAGCAGCAAAGCAAAGACCAUUAUGGGUCUGGUCAGUGGACACUCUGUGGACGGGGAGAACGUCCCCACUGCAACCAAACCCCGGCGAGGACGGAGGAAACUUUACAAGAUGGACGCCUCGUCCCCGCUCUUUGAUUCUCCCACCAUGACGACAGGAGGAGCGGAGGACGAGAAGGAGAGUGACCACGUCAUCAUCAGGAGACAACUGCGCUCCAAAACCUGCAGGAAGUGACAUCAUCAUCAUGUGGUGACGUCACCAACAUCUUCAUUGACUGUACAGUUUUUGUUUUGUUAUAACUUAACGUUUUUGUCGUCGGGGUCAAAUAAAACGAUCACAUGUAUUUUUUUAAAAAUAAAAGUUAUGCCCCGCCUC